AUGAUCGGCUUGAGAUCAGUCGACACGGAGCAGCCCGCGGAUCUGACUAAGCGCCAGAUCAGCUUUGCUAACGGCGGCAUAUCCAUCGGUGGACUGACACUUGGUGGGGGAGGGAAGGGCCAGACUGCUGAAGGCGGAGCAAAGGCUGGCGAAGGACAAGGUGCGGCGACCAACAAGACAGCCGAGGGCAUCGCUGCUCUUCGCGGCGCGAGGAACAACACUGGCGGCGGUCUCACGGUUGGCGGCGUGACGCUGGGCGGGGCUGGUGGCGGCAUCACUUUCAACAACGGUGCUAAUAAUGCAGAAAAGGGGCAGAAGCAGGGACAACCAGCAGAAGCACAGCCGGCUGAGGGCGUGGCUGCUGCUCCAGGGGCAGGCGAGAAGGCAACACCCGCUGCUGGAGAGAAAGCGGCACCCGCCGAGGGGGAGAAAGCAUCGCCCGCCGAGGGAGAGAAAGCAGCGCCUGCUGAGGGUGAAAAAGCUGCUGCUCCUGGAGAAGGUCAAGCCAAGCCGGCUGCUGGUGAGGCAGCCAAGACCCCCGAAGAGAUUGCCGCCGUGAAGGAGUCGGAGCAAUUCAAUGAGAAUCUCGGCAUCAUCACUGACAAGAACGGCAACGCGGUGAACCUGGGUGGCGAUCUCGGCAUCACCAAGGGCUCGGAUGGCAGCACCUCUGUCGGUGGUGAGGCUGGCAUCAACAUUCUUCCACGAGCUGCUGGGUCCUUGAUCGUGACACCGGCACCGGCCAAGGCUCAAGAGGCACCGUCUGUGCCUUCUCUCCCCAAGGUACCCGCAGCUCUGGCCGCACCGUCUCUCCCGGCGUUGCCGAAGGCAGCACCGGCAGCCCCUGCCCCCGUCGCUGUUGCGAGUGUCCCACCGCUGCCGAAGGCCGCUCCUGCGGCUCCGGCUCCGAUCCCUGCUGCGACUGUUCCAGCUCUGCCUGCUGUCUUGCCACCCAGCCAGGGGGAAGCUAAGAAUCCGGGUGCCCCCGUAAUGGCACCUGCUGCGUCUGCGGCCCCUGUUGCCGAGAUUCCUGAUUUUGUCCCUGGAACGGAUCCGACUGCUUGA